AUGGCCGGUGCGGAUACAGUCGCGCCGCAGCAUGCGCAGGCCGUGCGUUUUCUAACGACGCUGCGGUCGGAUGAUCCUGGAAACGAUCCGACGGUCAUCACGGACCAGCAGCGCGGGUUUUUAAAAUCCAAAGGCAUGAGUGACGACGCGAUUGAGCAUGCGCGGCAGGACGCUCAGCGCCCAGAGAAUUUGUCGCUCAUUGAUGCGUACGUGGCUACACACAGCGAUGCACAGAAUAGCGAUGCGUCUUUGUUUGAACGCGCCGCCGAGGCUUUUGACCAUCCGUGUGCGCCUGCUGUGCCUGCACCGUCCUAUCCGCGCUCGCCACUCGCACUGUACUCAUCGCCGCACGCGUCCACGCGCGAUGCGAACGAAGUGUUCUCUGCGUACGCAAUGUCGAUGAUGCGCCCGCGGUAUGAAGCGCUUGUCCAGUUUUUCCGCUUCAUGCAUACGGUAUCCAUGAUCGGGGGUGUGUGCGCUGCAGCGCUUGUAUUGCUCUAUCGCCGCUACAUACUACCGAAGCUGACCGCGAUGAUGAAUGCACGUGCGGAGCUGGUACGUACACAGCGUGGGAAGUUUGGCAAGCUUGCGGAUGCGACGCAGCAGCUGCGUACCGAGCGUGUGGCGCAGCUGCUCCCGUCAGAUUAUGCGCCUCAAUGGAUCGCUGCGCCCACGGAGAAGGAUGGCGCAGGAACAGAGAACGGCGAAGAGGGCACAGAAAAUGGCGAAGGAGCGGAAGAUGGCGAAGAGGGUGCAGCGCAGGCAGAGGGUGCAGCGCAGGCAGCGACUGCGCCCGCAGAGUCCGACCACGAUUCUCCUCCCCCUACUCCAGCCAAAGUCCUCGCGCCCAUCGAUAUCACCCAACCGCUGCGCUCCGCACUCAAUACCCUACAACAGACCCUGCGUCGCGUCGCGCAAUCGCAGAGCGGCGAUCGACGCCAUGCAAAAACAGCUACCGUCGACGACGAGCCCGACAUUGACGACGAUGGCCUGAUCGAUCUCUCUACGCCCGAAUCGAUUGCAUCACAAGAAUCCGAUACAUCGAUUACCAUUCCGCCUGUGGCACCGACGCGGGGUAUGCGCUCCAUGAACGGCGCUAUGGAGUCGCUACGGAACGAUGUGCGUGCGCGCAUGCUCGAAGAAGAAGAAGCGCUUUUCACCGUCGCCUCACGCUUCCCCAUCUACGGCAGCGCUCCCCCCAAGCCAACUACCGGGCCUGCGGUGGAGAUGCAGCAGAUCAAGGCGGAGAUACGAAGUUUGAAAGGGCUCAUGCUAUCGCGGCGCAACUUUCCUGGCUACCUGCGCGCCUCGCGCGUUACGCCCAAUUUCCAUAGCCCGUCUCCCUAG